CUGUGAUCCAACUGCAUCAUACUGCAUAGGAUGCCAUCUUUUGGGUGGGACUUUAAACUGGUUACAGUAAAUAUAGGUAAAAGAAGGUCUACCAAAUGAAGGUGAUUCUCAUUUCCGAUACCAUUGUUGUGUCACAACUAUUUUCAUUAUCAACUGGCCAACUUUUAGCUUUCAAGAAGGGUGACAAUUAAGGCAGGUCUCAUCAACAUGGCACAAAACAUCAUAGUCCAUCAGCAGCUGGUACCUUGGAGCAGUGGCCUUUUCGGCUGCUUUGAGGAUAUGAAAUCCUGUUGCUAUGGUUUCUGGUGCUGCCCUUGCCUGGCCUGCUCCACCACGGGAGAGUUUGGAGAGAGUCCGUGUCUGCCCUUAGUGGAUUUUAUCGGUCCUGCUUUUGCUGUUGCCUUUGGGGUGCCUGUGUGUGUGCCACCUGCAAGUCUUGCCAUGCGGGUUGCCAUACGCCACAAAUACAAAAUCAAGGGUAACCUCUGUUGGGACAUCUUGGCAUCCUGCUUCUGUAUCUGGUGCUCAUGGUGUCAGAUGGCCAGGGAGGUCAAAGAGCACAACAAGGGCUGUGUUUACACAAACGUGCAACCUAUGGCCUUACAAGGACAGCCUUCAGUCAUAACCAUAGAAAAUAACAUGUCUUGUGUGGUCAACCAACCAGCUUCUGGUAUGGUUGGAGGGAAUAAUAUGAUAAUGACCACUGAGCCAUAUUCCAUGGCCGGCCCUCCACAUAUGAUGCCUUAUGCUCUACCUGGCUAUAGCUCUACUAUGGUUCCCGACGUGUCUGAGCACAUGACCACUGUCUCCACCCAACCAAAGAAAUGCUAAGACCUGCAGUUUUGUCUAACCACCUUCGGAUAGCAGAUCUUGCUUUAAUGUCAUCAGUCAAUUAAAGGGGCUGUAUGUAAGAUUAUUAUUGUACUACUAGCAUAAAUACAAACAAUAAUGACCUGUAGACAUCAGCAGGUAAUGUUUUAAGUUAAUAUUUCAAAUAUAAUAUUUAGACAAAAUUAAGUGACUGAGAUAUUCCAUAUUUAAACAUUCUCACCGGUCUGUCUAUCAGUUUAAUCUCCUCAUACUCCCUUUUGACACUCACAAUGUUAUCCUUCCCAUCCUAAACCACCCUGGACUAGUUAAUACUAUUUCCGGUCUCGUUCGGUAAAGAAAGAGGAGACAAGUCAUGUUAUUGACAUUUAAAUGUUGGUGGCAGGAUUCUACACUCUCCUUUAAUGAAUUAGAUUAAUGAAAAGGUGUCUAAUUAUGGUGUAUAGGCUGGUUCACAUGGCAACAUCCGCUUGGCAUAUAAUAAAUACUUAUAUUUUG